CAUGUCUAAUAAAGGUAAAAAGAAAAAAAAAAAAAAAGUGCCUUUUUUUAAAGCAAAGUAUGAUGAUAAUAAAAUAAAAUAAAAUAAACAAGUACAAUGCCCUAUUUGUGGACAAUGGGUUCCUUCGUUAAAUAUUAAUCAACAUAUUGAUGCGAAUUGUCCAACUCCAAUUGAAAGCUCUUCUACUACUGCAUCGCAAUUAACAAGUCCAAAAAGACAACAGCAAUUAACAGCUUCAGGAUUAUUAAUGCAACCAAAGUUAGAUGUCAAUAAUAAUAACAAUAAUAAUAAUGUCGUUUCCCCCACAACGACAUUAUCGGAAACAAAUAAUACUAGCAAUAGUUCUUCUGCCUCUCCAUCUCGAAUGGCUCCUCUGUUUACGUCCAAGCUAUCACAAACAUCUACUAGUCAAAAGCCUUCAUCUCAACAGAGUAUCAAUCAUAAUUACAAUAAUAAUGUCAAUUUAAAGCGAACAAAUGCAGAUACACAAACAAUCGAUCAUGACAAAACAAAUUUAACUGUAAAAAGAAAAAAGACGGAUGCAGGGUAUGAUACAAUGCCUUUAGCAGCAAGAGUUCGUCCUGCAUCAUUAAUCGACUUUGUUGGACAAGAAGAAUUGUUGGGAACAGAUGGUAUAUUGAAAAAAUUAAUUGAUACUGAUCGUAUUCCUUCCAUGAUCUUGUGGGGACCACCAGGUUGUGGCAAGACAACGAUCGCACGAAUUAUUUCCAAGAUGACUCGAUCACGCUUUGUUGAACUGAGUGCUACAAGUCAUGGAGCAGCUGAUGUUAAAAAGGCCUUUGAUGAUGCUAAAGGGCACUUGAUGUUGACAAGACAAAAGACGAUUGUGUUCAUUGAUGAAAUUCAUCGAUUUACAAAAGUACAACAAGAUCUAUUUUUACCUUAUGUAGAGCAUGGUACAAUACAAUUAAUAGGAGCAACUACAGAAAAUCCAAGUUUCAAAAUAAAUUCAGCGCUUUUAUCAAGAUGUAAAGUGUUUGUAUUGAAAAAAUUAGAACAAGAUCAAAUUCAAGGCAUCUUAACAAGGGCUUUGAGACAAUGGAGAGAAGAAGAUAAUGUGCAAGUGGAUACCAGCAAAGACAUUGAUGCUUUAAAACAAUUAGCGAUAUAUAGUGAUGGAGAUGCGAGAACUGCUUUGAAUACUUUAGAAAUUGCUUUGAGCCUAUUGCCUUCAAAACAAUGUACAUUGGAAGUGAGUACUGUCAAAGGUGCCUUUCAAAAAUCACAUUUAUUAUAUGACCGUAAUGGAGAUCAACAUUAUGAUAUUAUUAGUGCAUUACAUAAAAGUAUUCGAGGAAGUGACGCAAACGCUGCCUUAUAUUGGUUAGGUAGAAUGUUAGUAGCAGGGGAAGACCCUUUAUACAUUGCAAGAAGAUUAGUACGUUGUGCAAGCGAAGAUAUUGGAUUAGCAGACAAUACAGCAUUACCUUUGGCUAUGGCUGCAUAUAAUGCUUGUGAAAAGAUUGGGAUGCCCGAAUGUGAUACUAUUCUUGCUCAUUUAGUUGUUCACCUCGCAGAAACUAAGAAAAGUGUACGAAGUUAUAAAGCAUAUAAACUAGUUAAACAGUUUAUUAAAGAAAAGCCCGCUUAUCCAGUCCCAUUACAUAUUCGUAAUGCACCUACCAAAUUAAUGAAGGAUUUAGGAUAUGGGAAAGAUUACAAAUACAAUCCAGAUUACGAUGAACCGAUUGAUCAAACUUAUCUUCCUGAUGAAAUGCAAGAUGUACAGUUUCUAAAUAAAAAUUAAUCCCUAUUCUUGAAUAAUUUUCUUAAUUUCUGCUAUUCGUUGACUUAUUGUAUCAAUUGCAGCAGUCCAAAUUUCUAAUUCUUUAUAUUGUCCAGUAAUGGAUGUCUUAAAGGGUAUCAUCUUAUUCGCUGCUGGGGUUAUACUCGCUUCUUUUGUUAAAUAAUGUGUAUGGUUUCUUAAUGCAAAUUGAACAUC